AUGGUUGCUAGUACUGGUGUUCAGGAUGACAUACAUGUCGUCUUUAUCUCGUGUCCCUUGUACGUUCAUGCAACGCGAAACAUCAUCGACAAUGUGAAUUUCAUCCCGCUCAAAGGCCUCGCAGAAUACGAUCCUGACAAUUUGUCAGUGACGUUUCCGGAAAGGGCACUUCAACCUCUAGAUGAGACUCUUGCAUUGUGGGAUAUCGAGCAUAUCUUCUUUGGAGCAUUGCAUGACCAAUUCGAGGUAUUGAGGGAUAUCAUUGAGUCGCCUGAACUGAGAGACAAGCGUGUUGUGGUUGUUUCUGACUGGCUGGUGACUGGAACUUUGCCGAUAUCAUUGAAUAGUCCGCAUGUCCGCCAAGUCCCUGUCAUCGCAAUAGGGCACAGUGUCUUCUUCGGGCUGAGCAAAGACUGCGCACCGUUCGGGACGGGACUACCGCCACAAAGCGAAGAGCGAAAUCUGGAAUUGAACGCCAUAACCAAGGAAAUGUUCGGCAAAGUCUACGCUGGAGCCAAGCAUAUCAUGGCANGGUACGAAUGUUCAAGUGGCCUUGAACAUGAGUUUGUGGUCGAAGACAUGAUUUACUCCGCGGAUCGCUUCUUCCAACUUUGCGUGCCUCAGCUGGAGUAUCCGAGGUCUGACUUGCCGCCCAAUGUCGAAUUUACUGGCGCUUUGCUCGGCAAAAAUGACAACAAGAGCGAGCCGGAUUGGUUUGACAGUUUUGUUCGUCAAGGUGAUGGGCGGCCGCUCGUUGUGGUCACAUCUGGAACUGCAGCAUCUGCUGACGUGGAGCAACUGAUAAUGCCGACAAUCGAAGCCUGUCGCUCGCUCCCAGUAAGAGUCGUCGUCUGCGCCGUCAAUCUCACCCUACCCAAGGAUAUCUCGAUGCCGGAGAAUGUAAAGGUGGCUAGAUGGAUACCAUUCGAAGAGCUUUUCAAGCAUGCCUCUCUUGUAGUUUCCAACGGAGGAUUUGGCGGCAUUACCCAGGCGUUCGCGGCUGGUGUACCUAUGAUUCUUGCAGGUGUCACCGAGGACAAGAUGGAGACUACCGCUCGUGCUGCAAUGACGGGAGCUGCGAUUAAUCUUCAGACACAAACACCUAGUGCAGACCAAGUCAACCAAGCGAUCGAGACGAUGACAGCGGAAGCGGACUAUAAAGAGAACGCACUUGAGCUGAAAAGGGUGUAUGCUUCGUAUGACACUCUAGGCAUUAUCGAGAGGGCCGUGAGAGUAACAGCCAAGGCCUGA